AAAGCAAGGGCAAUAAAAUGAACAAUCUCAAAACGUAUAUCUUUCAAAACCACUAGGUCUCCCUUUUUCUCUCCAUUUAAAAUAACGGGACAAGGAGAUCAUGGUAGCCCAAUUAUCGGAAGUAUUUUUAAAAGACCCACAAUCGUAUCUUCAAAAGAUACAAGAUGCCUCACUGUCAAAUCCAGGUAAACCGGAUCUCCAAGGUAGUUUAGGGAUCGAAGAAGCGGUUUCUGAUAUAUUUGCAAAUAAAUAUGAUUUACAAAAGAUCCCAUAUUACCCCAAUUGUAAUAUUAAGGAGCUAAAAUCCGGACAAUUGCUUCGGUUACAAGGAAUGAUUCAAGAUACUAACUUUGGACAUGAGUUUUUUGCAGGCGCAAUUAAAAUGAACGAUCAAUAUUGGCGAGGAUGCCGUUACAUUCUCAGCUACAGUGAAGAUGAAUCCUUUGUGGAUGAAAAUAAAAUAGCACUUGACGAGAGAUACUCUUUGUUUUUAACUAAUAUACCUGGAGAACUGAGAUCCAGCAAAGCGAAUUCUUUAGAACCAAACGAAGAGAAUGAAUUGUAUAAAGAUCUUACCGCAAAGUACUCAAAUAGAACACUAGCAAAGGAAGAUUUUGGUUUCUGUGUGAAGUGUUAUGGUGGAAUGGAAACUCGUCUUCGUGUUUGUCAAGCAGUUGACAUGCUUGGUAUGUACGAAGAGCCAAGUGAAUAUUCUGAUGGGCUCCCAAUUCUUCAUUUAAUUACAUUUGAAGAUUUCAAGCAAUCUCCCGUCACGUAUCCAUCUGAGGAAGAAGCUGGACAUCUACGAUUAAAACUGCUUACCCAAUUUAACAAAUUAUUGGGGGAUAAUGUGGCGUCCGAAUCGCUGCUGCUUUCUUUACUUUCCAACGUCGUUCAUAGGGCUGACAGCUUUAUUGUUGGGUCUUUUAGUUUAAACCUGACGAACUGCACAUCAGAGCACGCGUCAAGGAUUAUAAGCCUUAUCAAAACCUUGACUAAAAGAACGGUUGUACAAAAAAUAGACGUCAAUGAACUAAACAAGGAGCCACUUUAUCCCAGAAGUGAUGGGGACACUCUAUCAAUUGGUCGUUUGCAAUUGGCACCAGGAACGUUAUUGAUAUUAGAUGAGACCGAACUUUCGAGCGGUACCUUAAAUGAUACAGGCGUCCGUAACGUCGCAUUUUUAUCCUAUCUUCUUUCCCAACAAGAGAUUACAUUUGCCUAUCCGUUUAGUAGUUACAACAUACAGACAGAUGUAAGAAUUGUUGUCUUGAGUCAUGGAAAGUCGAUUUUGCCCGUGAAUGCUGUCUACGCAAGCAAGUUCGACGAAACACUAAUGUCAGUCGAGACAUCGUUACCAUCAGACGAUAUAGAAAGAUUAUCAAAUUAUCUUGACAUGUGGACACGCACUGCUGAUAUACCAACGGAUAUGUUGGAGUUCAUUCAAUCCAACUAUGUCCGUUCGAGGCGAGACGGUCUUCAGACAAACGAAAAAGUACUUUCUAUUGAAAUUAACUGUUCUCGUCUUUAUGCAAAAAGCUUGGCCAGCAACUUUGUUUCAAGACAGCAUUUCGAGCAAGCUUCCCGCUUAGUUGAGCAAUGGACAAUUUCUUAAAAUCUGAUUGAAUUGAGAGGCUAAUUCUAUAGAGUCAAAACAGAAGUUUUUCUUAAGUAGAAUCACUUUAUUAAUGUAUAUUAUAAUCUAUUAUUAUGAGUUCAGUUUCUUAUUUCUAUUUUAUUUUCUUUCCCCAAA